AGCAGCUCCGCCGCUCGCCCGUCCGCCGCCGCGCACCGGUCCCACCGCCGCCGCCGCCGCCGAGACCGGCCCCGGCACCCGCGCCCCAGGUGAUGGUGUAGCAGCGGCUGCUCCCGGCAGCAGCACCCCGAGCGCGCAAAGCUGGCUCCCUGCGCCAUGGUCACCCACAGCAAGUUCCCCGCCGCCGGGAUGAGCCGCCCCCUCGACACCAGCCUGCGCCUCAAGACGUUCAGCUCCAAGAGCGAGUACCAGCUGGUGGUGAACACCGUGCGCAAGCUGCAGGAGAGCGGCUUCUACUGGAGCACGGUGACGGGCGGCGAGGCCAACAUGCUGCUGAGCACCGAGCCGGCCGGCACCUUCCUCAUCAGGGACAGCUCGGACCAGCGGCACUUCUUCACCCUCAGCGUCAAGACAGAGUCGGGCACCAAGAACCUGCGCAUCCAGUGCGAGGGCGGCAGCUUCUCCCUGCAGAGCGACCCUCGCAGCAGCCAGCCUGUGCCCCGCUUCGACUGCGUGCUCAAGCUGGUACAUCACUACAUGCCUCCCGCGCCCUGCGCCGUCCCCGAGCAGCCGGGGGAGGCCCUGCACCCCAAGCGCACCUACUACAUCUACUCGGGUGGCGAGAAGAUCCCCCUGGUGCUGAGCCGCCCACUCUCCUCCAGCGUCUCCACCCUGCAGCACCUCUGCCGCAAGACCGUCAACGGGCACCUGGACUCCUACGAGAAGAUGACUCAGCUGCCGGCUCCCAUCAAGGAGUUCCUCGACCAGUACGAUGCCCCCCUCUAAGGGGCCGGCGGAGCGAGGUUACACGCUACAAGCACAAGAGCAGGGGACAGGCACAACACCCCACCGGUGCGGGGACUUGCAGGGCACACCAAGCCUCUCCCUCUGGGAAGGAGAGGAGGGGGACUGGGGCGAGCUGCCGUGGGCCCGGGGCUGUGGCCAGCACAGCCUGGCGCCCUUGGUGCUGGGGGGACCCCCUGAGGAAGCGCGACACCCCCUCUCCGGGGGGAAGGAGACUGCUCCGGUCGGACUGCGGAUGUUACAGUGCGCCCAGCGCAGAGGCCUCCCCGUCGCAGCUGGGGAGAACCUGACGGCAAAGCCCCCGCGGGCUCGGGCAGCCAGGACGGCACCCGCGGCACGGGGUGAUGUGCGCCCCGGCAGCCGCAUCCCCGCUGCCGUGGCGGGACCACACCUGGGGGUGUCCUGGCGAGAGCCCCCUUCUGCCACCAGAGAACGGAAAGCACUGGAGUCCAGCCUAGUGCCUGAUCACUUUUCCUCGGUUUUAAGGGGAAAGUGUUUUUUGCCCGUAGUGUACUUUACCUCUUGCUGCCUCCUUGUGGGUGGAAGCUCCUUUCACACCAGGCCCCAGACUUGGAGGUCGCUGCCUUUUUCCCCUCGUUGCCAUUUACCAGGGGACUAAGCCUUAAUAUUCUCCCUGCCCCAUGGUCUGGGUUACUGCACAUCGUUUGGUGACGCUGCGUGAUAAUGGUCCCGGUGACAUGCCGUGAAGCCUGAGGGGAAACAGCGUGUCCUGACAUCGCUGAGAGUCCCACGCGACCGCAAGGAGCACCCUGGGGACCCGGUGCUGCUGCUGGACUGUUACUCCCAAGUGUUGCACCCCACCUCUGUCCGGCCGCUCCCUGCAGACCCUGGCCAUGCUGCUCCGUGGGGGCACUGAUUCCCAUGGGAAUGCGGCAGGAGGAUCCCCUGGAGCGCACUGUCUCGCAAGUGCUUUUCUGUGUCCGCCCGGAGAAGCGGUUGGGUUUUUCUGGCUUUUUUUUUUUUUUUUUUUUUUUUUUUUAACCGAAGGGAUGUUUACAGGCCAACGUGAAUCACUGUCUUUUAUAAAGAUUCCAUCUUCACCUCCAGCCUCGAGGGCUGAGCAAAACCAUGCUUGAAAAUUCAACCAAAACAAAACUCAGAUGAAACUUUGCACAUAUUUAUAUUUAUAUUCAGAAAGGAAAUGUUUCCAUAAUUUAUAAUAAAGAGCACUAUUUUUUAAUGAAAAA